GCUCAAUACGGUGGGGCUGUACUUUAAUUAACUUCAAUCUCCAAGCUACGAAUUAUACCCUUCAAGUUCCCCAAUAUCCCUCAUUUCCUUCAUGACCUCUAAAUCUGACUCCUCACGCUCGACAAGUCCCGGUUUGUUGACCCCAGAAUCAACUGGCACGAACCAAACAAACUCUUCCUCGCCGGAACCUGCUGCAAGGUCAGAGACGGACAAGAAGAGACGACAAACCGCUUUCUACCCGAAUGUAAACUCGUCGAAUAAACCACAGAAACCGUUCAGUCGGAGCGCUGCGAAACGGCAGAGCGUCAUGACCCUUGGAAGUAUCGAGCAUUUGCAAUACUACUUUACCAAGACUGGACUUUCAGCGAAGCAAAAGCCUUCUGUCCUUGAUAAACCCCACUACGGUCUCGUUCCAGCAAUAGGCGGUGGUGAACAGCUCAAAAUCCGAAUCUCUUCCCCAAACAACCAUUCCAUCAACUCCAUAAACGAAAUCGCACUCCCACCCACCCCAGCCAUCCCAAACGCUAUACAGCCCACAUUUCCAGAAGUCACGAAAACUUUCGAAGUCGAUUCGGACUCGCUCAAACCUGGUCUUAUCGAAGACCUCAUCCUCGUAUCCCGUGUUUGGCGUAUUGAUCCUGAUCAGACGCGUCCAGAGGAGAACGAUCAAGAACGCGAACCCAAUCGACACUUUGACGUCGUAGGCACACUUCAAGCAACCACUCGUGCUAUACGGUCUGUUAGGAACUACAUCCUUUCCUUACCCGUCGAGUCAGUAGGCUCCAUGGGUGAAUUAUUUCGGUCAAACCGAUUUUCAGCCACUACCAUCCGAAAUAUCAAAACCUCACCUUCGUCUUCCUCGACAUCCCAAAACGACAAUCAAGUUUCUAUUCGUCGGUCAGCACUGGAGGUACUGGGUAUGCUUCGAGAACUGGAAGAACGGUAUCGACUCCCUCUCAGUGACGACGCGUAUGAUGUUCAAAGUGAUGGCGGUAAAGGGGGCAGUUCACGGUUAGGAAAUCCAAGUGGAGUUAUCGAUGAUCUAGAAAGGGAUCAUCAUUCAGAGGCAGAGCUAGAGGGUCUUCAUGAAGUGGAUGCCGACACAUCGGUAGCUUUCUCACUUGUUCGGGUGCACGGUCGGGAAGAACAUGUCCCGGUAUGGGAAGAUGACGAAAACGACGACACGCUCAAUGAUACAGAAGAAAAACGCGAACGAUGGGAUGAACGAUUGGUGCUGGGAAGCGGAUGGCUGUAUAGGCAGGAUGUAAGUAUGGACGACCUGCAGAAGGAGAAGGAUAUUGUUGCGGAAUAUCUCGAUGUGGUCGACCAAGUCUUGUUUUCUGGCGGACAAAAGGGGGUGGGGGAGAGGGGAUGGCUGAAAGAAAAGAGAAAAUUGUUGGAUAAGAGAAGACCGUUGUCGAGGAACAAAGGGAGGAGAACGAGCGCUGGAGACGCCGAAGGCAGCGGUCUUGGUCUCGGAUUUUCGUUUCCUGAUGCCAGUGGUAGACGUCGAGUUUCAACGGGGACAUUGGGCACCAUGUUGGAACCCAUGAGACUCUCUGACGAGCCAAGCACCAUGGAAGGUAUUGCUGAGGAGGAAGGGCCUGAAGAAGAACCGGGAGACGGACUCCAGGACGAGGAGGGCAUAGAUGAUGAUGAAUUGCCAGAGUGGGCGCGGAGAAACGCGUUCUUGGAAACACCGCUAGACCGUUGUCGUGCCCUCAUCCAUGACCUCUUACCUCCAAACCUACAGGGCGCCCUCUCACCAGAAGGAUCAUCAAGGGCGGCGUUUCUAGAGUCCCUCUCUUCCGGGCAGCUUUUGUGUAUAGCCUACAACACUGGCGUACGCAAGUCAAAGAACGCCUGGGGUUAUGUUAGUAAGGGUGGUAUACACGACCUCAUCGAACUUGAGAGAGAAGCCGCUCAGAAAGGAGACACCAAAGCCAAGACCGGCUGGACGUUUCGUAGGAGCGAUAAUCUACGUCUCUGGGUAGGCGCCCUCAAACUACGCUACAUGCUUCCGAUCGUCACGCCCGCUGUUCCUGCUGGCCCAAGGCCACCCCCUAGCUCAAACAAUACACCGUUAACGUCUCCCUCCGCACAGUCACGGAAAUUCCCCACUGACGAGCCUCCCAUAUUGUUUGAUGCCAAGUUUGUUGCGAAAAAGGAUGCAGGUUGGGAAGAUAUGUUGGAGGGUGUUUUGUUGAGGUGGAUGUGGCGGGUUGUUGAUGAACAACGGUCGGUUCGGUAGUUUUUCAACUUUUGAUUUCACGAACAUGGAGAUUAUGAC